GAUUUUAAUGAGCAAAGCUUAUUUGGCUGUGAAGAAUUUUAAGUGGUCCGAGAUGGUUAAUUUGCUUGCUUAUGGAGUGAAGCAUCCUGACACUCUCUCUUAGACUCAAAGAAUUACCAGAUUAUACAGGUGCGUCUCACUUAAUAUUCUUAGGGCAACCAUAAGGAGACAUUACACUUCCCAAUUGGAGAAUUUCAAGGGUGAUCAUAUUAGAUUCUAUAACGAGAUGCAAGUGGCCCAAAAAGAUUUUAAUAGAUUAUAGGAAUUGAAUAAUAAUUAUGCAAGUACAUUACCUAUGCAAACUAUUAGAUUUGAGUCAAGAGUAGAAGGUAGAAUUCACAGAAUUGGAAAACAAGUGGGUCAAUUGGUUAGAGAUCAAUUAUGAUGCAUUUUUAUACGUCGAUGAAUGUCGACCAUAUUCUAGCACUUCAACCAGAUAUAUUGUUUACUCAGAUAAAGAAUUGAAAUUCGAUCCCUUGGGUUUUUACAAAUCAAGACCAGUCAACGAUGGUAAAUUUGAUCCCCACUUGCCCUAUUUUAGAGAUUACCCAUACAACGAGUCUUGGUGGGGCAUGAAUGAAUCAUUCCCAUCAGGUAAGACUAUUCAAACAUAUCCCUAGAUUUCGAUGAUACACCAUCACAAAAGCAUUGAUUUAUUAUAUUCCAAAUAAUAAAAAACAAAAC